UUUUCAGUCCAAAUGGAACGGAGUCUACAUUCGGAUGGGUUAGAAAAACCAUCCCUGUGGAAUACCUCGUCAGGAGAAUCUACAAGAAAUGUUUUGGAAAUGAACAAUGAAAAUUUGGUGUUCCAACAAAAUGAUUUGUUUCCCUCUGCGUUUCCUAUUAUGGCAGAUAUCAGGAGGCAAGGCAAACUGUGUGAUGUUGUCUUGAAAGUUGAAGGUCAAUUCUUUAGUGCUCACAAAAUAGUUUUAGCAUCUACCAUUCCAUAUUUUCAAGCAAUGUUUAUGAAUGAUAUGAUUGAAUCUCGUAAUAAGGAAAUAGAAAUUAAAUGUAUUGAUGCCAUGGCCCUUGAAGCUUUAGUUAAUUUUGCUUAUAUUGGAAAAGUAACAUUGGACAAAAAUAAUGUACAGAGUAUUAUGAUAGGAGCUUCUUAUUUACAGUUAAAUAAAGUUAGAGAUGCAUGUGCCAACUAUUUAUUACAAAGAAUUCAUCCUCAGAACGCCCUAGGAUUCAGGCAUUUUGCAGAUUCGCUAGGUUGUUCCACUCUUGCAGAUUCUGCAGAAAAAUAUAUUGAAUCCUAUUUCCACGAAGUUUCACAACAUGAAGAAUAUUUAAAUUUAUCUGUAGACGAAAUCAAAGAAUUGCUGACUAAAAAUGAUCUCAGAGUAGAUAGUGAAGAGCAAGUUUUUGAAGCUUGCAUGAGAUGGGUAAAGCAUGACGUUGUAAUGAGGAAGGACCAUUUACCUGAGUUAUUAUCACUUGUACGGUUGCCAUUGCUCUCACCUUUAUAUAUAACAGAUCGAGUAAGAAAUGAGGAUCAAAUUAGAUAUUCCAUACAGUGUCGAGAUCUUGUUGACGAAGCAUUAACAUUUCAUUUAAUUCCUGAACGACGAGCGUUGAUACAGAGUUUCCGGACGGAACCUAGAGUGUGUGAUAUUAAAGGCCAUAUUUACGUAGUAGGUGGACUCAAUAAACAUGGAGACUCUUUAUCCACGGUAGAAUAUUAUGAUCCGAAAAAAGACAAAUGGAAUAUGGCUCCUCCCAUGUCAAUGAUGAGGUCGAGAUUAGGCGUGGCUGUGAUUAAAAGCAAAUUGUUUGCUUUUGGAGGUUAUAACGGAAAGGAUAGGCUGUCGAGUGUUGAAGUUUUUGAUGCCAUAAGGAACGAGUGGGCUACAGUGGCUCCCAUGAUCUGUAAACGAAGUGCUUUAGGAGCUACUGCAUUAGGAGAUAUAAUAUAUGUCUGCGGGGGAUAUGAUGGUUUGACAUCAUUAAAUUCUGUGGAAAGGUACCAUCCGAGUACAAAUUCUUGGUGUUCUUUAGCACCUAUGAACAAAUCCAGAAGCGCUGGUGCAGUUAUUGCUUGUCAAGGUUACAUCUAUGCUCUUGGUGGUCAUGAUGGUUUAUCAAUAUUUGAUUCUGUGGAAAGAUAUAACCCUACUACUAAUAUGUGGUCUGAAGCACCUCCAAUGCUUACGAAAAGGUGCAGACUCGGAGUUGCAAUGUUAGGAGGAAAAUUAUACGCUUGUGGUGGAUAUGAUGGAAGUUCUUUCCUUCAGACAGUUGAAAUGUUUGACCCGUCUACAAACAAAUGGGUGUACGUAGCACCUAUGAACGCUCAACGUAGUAGAGUGGCACUGACAGCGAAUAUGGGAAAGUUGUGGGCUGUGGGUGGCUAUGAUGGUAUCUCAAAUCUUGUAACUGUUGAAGUAUAUGAUCCAAAAACUGACAAAUGGAUUUAUGCAGCAGAAAUGAUUGCACAUGAAGGUGGUGUUGGUUUGGGGGUUAUUUCAAUACCCUAA